CAAGAACUGUGUGAACUGUUCCAGGAAGGAUAUUGGAUAUAAGGUUGAGUUGACCUCGCGCGGAAUUCAUUGUUUGCGACACGGGAUGUCGUCCACUUGUGCCAUUGCUCCGCCUGAUACUGAAGGCGAUGGCUGUUGGAUGAGUCAACAUACGAGAUUCGUUUGUCAAGCUAGAGAAAAGGAACCUGAUGUUGUACUGCUUGGUGAUUCAAUUUUUGUUUACAUGCAAUUUACUCAAACAUAUAAAAGACAUAUUGAACCUCUGCACUGUGUUAACUUCAGUAUUUCCAAUGACCAAACGCAGAAUGUGUUGUGGAGAAUAGAAAAUGGAGAACUAGACGGCUUCUCACCGAAGGUGGUUGUAAUAAUGAUUGGCAGUCAUAAUACAGUGCAUUCGGAAGAAGAGGUUGUUGAAGGCAUUCUAUCCGUUGUGGAAAAAACGAAAUUUAAGCAACCUCGGGCAUCUUUGAUAGUUAUGGGUCUUCUACCGUGUGGUCGGAAUCCGAACAGAAGACGCACAAAACAUGAAAAAAUUAACAAACUACUUUCAGAAGCUUUCCGUUCUCGGCCUGAUAUCACUUACCUAAAUCCCGAUUGGGAUGGUUUUAUUCAGCCAGAUGGGACAAUUUCGCAACGCGAUAUGUUUGAUUAUAUGCAUCCUACAGAAAAUGGCUACGAAAAGCUAUGCGACCCUUUAUUGGAAGAGUUGCAAAAUUCUUUGCACACAUUUCUGAAAACUAACGCACCCAACAGUUUUGUAGAGGACUCUUAAUUCCUACUAUUCCUCUAUGUGGCAAUGUGUUGUAUAGUAUUUCCAAUUCCACGUCAUGUAUUUGUCGUUACAAUCAUUGAGUCAAACCAAACGGGCUUUACUAUUUUCUUUAACUGAUUGGUUUAUUAUUAUGUAUCUUGUCAAGUUUCUUCUUUAUUUCAUGUGACAUCUUUUGUGUUUUACUCAUGAGAAUCUUUCUAUAAUGCCAAUGUUGUUUGUUUAUAUAUUCCCCAUCCAUAAAUGGAUAUUUAUUUUAGUGAUCUCUCCCUCUUUGAAAUCUGUUUCGUCUUUGUCGUAAUGUAAGUUUACUUGAAUAUUACAUAAGGUUUAUUGAUCCGAUUGUCUAUUUUCACUUUACAGCUCCGUGAUACUUUUGUUGACUUCGGUGUUCGUUUAGAAUAAUAACUAUUAAUAAGCUA